GCCUCAGUCAGGCGCCGGCCUCAGGCAGCGCCGGUCGUGUGAUGGAUUGCGCAAGGUAAAGGGCAUGCGGGCCGCGCUCGCCGCGCUGGCGGCUUGCUGCGUGGUAGCGAGCGCCGAGGUACCCUCCGCGCGCCUCGCCCCGCGCAACACCACCGCCCAUCACGUCCUUCAGUGCAGUGAUGGGCUUGUGCUACCUGCCUGGCUACCUCUUGAAGAUGUCCCGAACGUCGAAAUCGCUAUCCGCGGGUCCGUCUACUUCCUGUCACUACUCUAUCUAUUUAUCGGCGUAUCUAUCGUCUCUGACCGAUUUAUGGCCGCUAUUGAAGUCAUUACCUCCAGAGAGAAAGAGGUGCGCGUACGGCGAAAUGGAAGUGAUCAAAUUAUUGUCGUGCGCGUGUGGAAUGAAACUGUGGCCAAUUUAACUUUAAUGGCACUCGGUUCGAGUGCGCCGGAAAUCUUAUUAUCAGUCAUCGAAAUUGCUGGGAAAAAUUUCGAAGCUGGUGAUUUAGGCCCUGGCACAAUUGUGGGAUCAGCUGCGUAUAAUUUAUUUGUUAUCAUCGCCAUUUGCGUUUUUGUGAUUCCGGACGGCGAAGUGAGAAAAAUAAAACAUCUGAGAGUGUUCUUGGUCACAGCGUCAUGGUCAGUUUUUGCAUAUGUUUGGUUGUAUUUAAUAUUAGCGGUGAUUUCACCAAGUGAAGUGGAAGUAUGGGAAGGCUUAGUCACAUUCCUUUUUUUCCCAGCCACAGUCUUAACAGCCUAUAUAGCUGACCGAAGGCUAUUAGUUUACAAGUAUUUGAAAAAGGGUUACCGUGUAAACGAACGUGGCGUGAUCGUAGAAGUGGAAGGUGAUGGCUCAGUUGAAAUGGCCUUAAAACCCUGUGAUUUUGGUGACGACGAAGAAGGCCGGGAACUUGAAAAAUCUAGAAAAGAAUACGUACAAGUGCUGCGUGAUUUAAGAAAACAACACCCUGAAGAGGAUUUAGAAACGGUUGAGCGCAUGGCCCUAGAAACAUUAAUGGCAAAAGGCCCAAAAUCUCGUGCAUUUUACAGGGUGGCAGCUACGCGAAAAAUGACUGGUGGUGGUGACUUUUCCAGAAAAAUAUCUGAAAGAGCACAGAGUGAUUUGAGCGAAGUAAAAGCUGAGCUGCAACGUCGUGAGUCAAGUUCAGUGACUGCGGAGCCCAGAGGACCACAUGUUCGCUUUGAUCCCGACCACUAUACGGUGCUGGAAAAUUGUGGUUCGUUUGAAGUACGUGUGGUUCGCGGCGGCGAUCUAAGCGGUGAAGUCACCGUUCAGUAUACCACAGAGGAUGGAACGGCGGAGGCUGGUUCAGAUUAUGUAGCAGCACAAGGAUCACUCACAUUCGGACAUGGAGAAACUGAAAAGAAAUUUUCUGUCCAAGUUAUAGACGACGAAGUCUUUGAGGAAGAUGAGCAUUUUUUCGUUCGACUCAGCACUCCAAAGGGGGCUUGCUUGGCCUCGCCUUCGAUGGCGACUGUGGUGAUCUUGGACGAUGAUCAUUCGGGUGUGUUUUCGUUUUCGCAAAGAGACUAUGAGCUGACAGAGUCGGUUGGGACGUAUGAGUUAAAAGUGGUAAGGACUGCUGGCGCCAGAGGUCGUGUACGGGUCCCAUAUAACACAGAAGAUGGUACAGCAAAGGUUGGUGCACAGUUCGAGGCAUCAGAAGGACACCUUCUCUUUGAGAACAAUGAAACUGAAAAAGUAAUCCCGCUGCACAUAAUCGAAGAGGACAGCUAUGAGAAGGACGUACUUUUCUACGUCAACAUCGGUGACCCAGAAUUGCUUGAUGACCGCAACAAACCUGUACCAUCUAACCGUAAAGUGAACAAGUUGACAACGUUGGCGGAGGACGAAUGUGUCGUCGCCAUGAUGGGGCUACCACGAGCCGGCGAGAUAACCAGAGCUCAGCUUAGAAUUAAAGAAAGCAAGGAGUUCAAGAAUACAGUGGACAAACUUGUUCAAAGGGCAAAUGCCUCAAUCAUUAUAGGGACUUCUUCCUGGAAGGAACAGUUCACAGAAGCCUUGACGGCCAGCUCAGAUAAUCCAGAUGAGCCGCCGUCAUGUUUAGACUAUGUAAUGCACAUAUUAACGAUAUUCUGGAAGAUUAUAUUCGCGUUCGUACCACCCACUGAUAUCGGUGGUGGCUACGUCUGUUUUGUCGUGUCCAUAGUGUGUAUUGGCCUGGUAACUGCUGUAAUUGGCGAUGUGGCUUCACACUUUGGCUGCACACUGGGCAUCAAAGACUCCGUUACUGCGAUAAUAUUUGUUGCUCUCGGGACUAGUAUACCUGAUACAUUCGCAAGUAAAGUGGCGGCUAUACAGGAUAAGCACGCAGAUGCUUCAGUGGGAAAUGUGACUGGUUCAAAUGCAGUGAACGUCUUCCUUGGCAUCGGCGUAGCAUGGACCCUCGCCGCCGUGGUGCAUUGGACACGGAACGAGAAAUUCCACGUGGAUCCGGGAAACCUUGCCUUCAGCGUGACGAUGUUCUGUUCUGAAGCGGCACUGGUGGUGAUAGUUCUCAUGCUGCGCAGGCGAAAGUCAGUGGGUGGUGAGCUGGGCGGGCCGCGCGGUGUCAAAAUAAUCACAUCUAUGUUCUUCUUUUCUUUAUGGUUAACUUACCUCACUUUAUCUAGCUUAGAGGCAUAUGGCGUUAUUAAGGGAUUCUAAAAUACGACCAUCAUAAAUACGUCAAAAUCACUGACGAGUCAUAUUCUGGCCAAUCAGAUUGCGUAUCGCGUGCGACAUGCAAAUUGGCCAAUCACGAGACGCCAAAUUAAUAAGUAUUAAAAUGUAUUGGAUUGAACUUGAUUAUAAACUAUUAGUUAAAAGUCUAUUAAAUUUGUUUAGCAAGUUUUAUGCUGGACCGAUAAAAACUAUUUGGUAAGACAAUAGUUCGUUUUGUUUAAGAACAUUUAUUAUUACUGAAGCGAUACACUGGUUACCAUAGCAACGUUAUUUACAAGUAUGCGCGCGUAAUUAAUAAUUUUAUUAAUAUUUUGUAUAAUUAUUUAGAAUUUUUACAAUUAAUUUCAAUCCAAUAAUUAGAAAGUUUAAAGUGGUGGUUGUCCAGUCAUUAGGUAGUAAUUUAUAAAAAUAAUUUAUUUAGAUUAAACGCUUUAAUAUGCAUAUUUAUUUCGUAGUUAGGAGUAUAAAAUUUAUAAUUUUGUUACUAAUAUUUAUUGUUUUUUAUAGAAAAAUUUUAUACAGAUAUUACUAUAUGUUACGAAUAACGAAUUGAUUUGACAUCCAAUCAAAAUCUUUAAAUAAACAUCCUAAAUAUUUACUUGUGGCCUCCAAUGUUGGCAGCAUAAUAACAGUUUCG